CAAGUGAAGUUUGAACAUGAUCGUGUAUAUGUAUAUCUUACUCCACCAGUUCCUUAUGACAAAUCAAAUCUCUUAGGUUCCGUAGAAAAUAUUGUUGCAAAACUCCAGUUAAAUGAGCUAUAGAGUAUCAUACAUACAACAAAAAAAAAAUCUAGUGCAGGUGAAGUUUGAACACAAUCGUGUGUAUACAUCUCUUACUCUGUUGGUACCUUAUUACAGGAGAAGAGCUUACUUACUUAUGAGCAAAAAGGGAAGACGAAGUCUCAGGAGAUUCGGUAGAGGAGAUGGAGCUGGUAAAGGUGACCAGCAGGGAGAUCAGGUUCGCCUUCAUCGGGUUUGGACGUUCAGCUGCUCAAGGGAGUUUUGCAGGGAAUGCUGAGCGCUAAUCUAAGUCUUGAGAGAGAAACCUUUUAGGUUUCGGAGAAAAAUAUGGUCGCAAAAUUGAAACUUGAAGAAAUCAACUUUGACAUGAUGUUAAGCUUUAUUAGCCCAUUAGAUUUUACGUUUCAUUCAUCGUAACUUGGAUGUAGAUGUCCUUUCGUAUUAAUAGACUACCCAUUCAAAAAUAUUGUAGCGUAAUAUCCCUUUUAUUUUAUAUUUUUAAAAUUCAUGGUGUAUUUAAUUUAACUUUCUUAUAUUUAUUUUCUGCAAUAAAUUUACAGAAAAAUCAAAUUUCUAUUUCUUUGUAACGUAAAUAAGGGCGUCCCUUCCAAUAGAGGGGAUUACAGUCCCAAACCCUAACCAGCCGACUUUUCUCUCCGGGUUGAAAAUGAUGAUGAUUGCAUGUUGUGGGAUUGGUGUUCUACUGAAAUAAGCAAAUUUUAUAGCCUCGGGUUGUAAAAAUUCUGUCUUUAUUGAAAUUUCAAACCUUUUUGCUUAUCGAUUUCAGGCAGCCAUGGAUGGAAAUGGCGGUAUGAAUCUACGAAAUUGGGGCUUUCUUGAGCCACCGACAACAGUCUUGAAGGGUAAUUUGGGCCUGCAACUCAUGUCCUCAAUGGAUGAAAAGCCCCAUUUUGGAAACCUUCGCGAUUAUCAGUACCAUCACCAACAACAGACCCACCAACCUGAUCAUCCUACAGUUAUGGCGUCGACUAAUGGUGGUGCAUUUCAUCAUCAUCGGGUUUGUGGGCUGUCGGAGUCCCCCAUGCCCAUGGAGUACAUGAGGGAUGCAUGGGUUAAUCAUAAAGACUACAGAGAGAAGUAUCUCAAUGCUCUAUCUGCAAACCACCCCUAUCUUACAGGUUAUGGUUUUUUGCCUGAGACGUCUUCCGCUCAGUCUAUGCAGAUGUACCAGCAGCCAAACUUGGUGAAAGUUGAAACUGCGCCUCUGGUGGAAGAGGUUUGCCAAGAAAGGGAUACAGGCGGGCUUGCUAAGAAGAGGGGACCUGAUAAAUCCCCAGUGUUGAAGUCCCCUAAGCCUAAGAAGGCAAAGAAAGCUACUACGGCUCCUAAAGAAGAUUCUACACCAUCUCUUCCACGGGCAAGAGCUCCCAGGAAAAGUGCAGAAGUCAACAUUAAUGGGAUUAAUAUGGAUAUUUCGAGAAUUCCCAUACCAAUCUGCUCAUGCACCGGAUCUUCUCAGCAGUGUUAUAGGUGGGGCUGUGGUGGGUGGCAGUCAGCUUGCUGUACCACAAAUUUGUCUUCGUAUCCGUUGCCUAUGAAUAUAAAACGACGUGGUUCAAGGAUAGCAGGUCGGAAGAUGAGUUUGGGAGCGUUUAUGAAGGUGCUAGAGAAAUUGGCUUCAGAAGGAUAUAACUUUUCUAAUCCGAUUGAUCUGAGGCCACACUGGGCAAAGCAUGGUACAAACAAGUUUGUCACUAUCAGAUAGAUUUAUGGUGGAUAUGCUUAGCAGUUCUCCCUAAAAUAGGCAUGAUGCAUUUCUGGUGUACAUAGUUGACUGGCUUGGACUGAGGCUUGUCACGUAGUUUCUAACCAGUGAAAUUCAAGCAUUGCAACCCUCUUUCAGAUUUUGUCCUGUGGGCACUUGGCUAAGGUUUUUCUUUCAGUUUACCUUUGUAGUUCAUGCAGAUAGCACACUUACGGUAGUGGCAGAUUAUGAAAGUCGCAGAGGAGGUACAUUUGUUAUGCAAUUGCGGGUUCUUAAUUUAUUUAGUAUUAUCUUUGAAUGGAAAUUUUUGCAUUCUUUUAUUUGUUAUUAUCCAGAUGUUGGCUUUCUAGCUGCUGCUUCAUGUUAGAUCUCUGUCUUCUUAUGAGGUCACCUUUUAUUUGAUCAACUAAAUGGCUAUGUACUGCACUACUCUGGUUGAAUGUUAUUAAACCUGGGUUCUGACCUGUCA